AUUUCCUGGGAAAUCUCUCCUUUUAGGCGUAAUGGCAGAAGCUACGAUUUCUCUGUCUCCGGAUCAAUUUACCUGCCCAAUGUGCUUGGAGAUCCUCAAGGACCCCGUCUCGAUCCCAUGUGGCCACAACUACUGCAUGCUGUGCAUUAAAGACUACUGGGAUCAGGCAGUGGAGUACAGUUGCCCUCAAUGCAGAGAGGUCUUUCACUCGAGGCCCGUUCUUCGCAGGAAUACCAUGCUAGUGGAAGUAGUGGAGAAAGUGAAGAUAUCCGACACGUCUGUUGCACCCUCUCAAUGCUAUGCAGGACCUGGAGAUGUGGAGUGUGAUUUCUGCAUUGGCAGAAAGUUCAGGGCUGUGAAGUCUUGUCUGACCUGCUUGGCCUCCUUCUGUGAGACUCAUGUGCAGCCCCACUAUGAAGGAGCCAUUUGGAAGGACCACAGGCUGGUCACACCGACAGCGGGUCUGCCGCAGAACCUCUGCACCAAGCAUGGGAAGGCCAUGGAGGUGUUUUGCAAAACCGACGAGGUGUGCAUCUGCUGUUUAUGUGUGGCGACGGAGCACAGAAGUCACGAGACUGUCACAUCUGAAGCUGGAAGGGCAGAAAAACAGGCACAGAUGGGAGCAGCUCUAGCAGUGAUACAGGCAAUCAUUCAGAAGAGGCAGAAGAAGCUGAAGGAGCUGAAGCAGUCUGUAAACCUGCUAAAGAGAUAUACAGACUGCGAAGUACAAGAAUGUGAGAGGAUGUUUGGUGAUUUGAUCCUCACCAUUGAAGAAACCAGCAAAAAGGUGACAGAGCUGAUUAGAAAUCAGGAGAGGAGUGAAAUGGAAAGAGCCGAAGGAGCCAUGAAGCGCCUCGAGAGAGAGAUUGAGGACCUCAAGAAAAGAGACCUAAGACUGAGAGAACUUUCAAAGACUGAAGACAACAUCUAUUUUCUUCAGACAUUCCAGUCUCUCUGUGUUUCUUCUGGAGAUGGAGAUUUCCUCGACUUCACGGUAAGCAUGACCUCGAAGGACGAACUACAGAAAGAGCUGACUGAACUGAAGCAGCAACUGGAAGGUAUUAGCAAGUGGCAGCUAAUGAAAGUCACCCGGGCCGCAAGCGAGUCUCCAGUUUUCAUCUUUACACCUCGGGAGUCAAGAAACAGACAAGAUUUUUUAAAAUAUGCUUGUCAGCUCACGCUGGACUCCAACACAGCCCACCAGAAUCUCUGCCUGUCUGAAGACGGCCGAACGGCCACGGUGAUUGAAGAGCCCGAGUCAUGUCUUUACCACCCUGACAGAUUUGAGACCUGCUGGCAAGUUCUCUGUAAUGAAGCUCUGUUUCACACUUGUUCUUAUUGGGAGGUGCAGUGGAGUGGGGGGGCUGUUGAAAUUGGAGUUGCAUAUAAAACAAUCAGCAGGACAGGCGAGGAUAAUAACUGCAGUCUCGGCAGCAAUCCCCUCUCCUGGAGUCUACAAAGCUCGUUCUUGUCUCUUUCUGGCUAUUAUGCCCAUCAUAAUAAUAAGAAUGUAAAAAUAAGUGCCCCCCACUGCCCCAGAAUAGGAGUCUAUCUAGACUGGUCUGGUGGCACCCUGUCAUUUUAUAGUAUUUCAAAAACAAUGACCCUCUUGCACCGGUUUCAGACCACAUUUACUGAGCCGCUCUAUCCUGCUUUUAGGCUUUACACUUUAAAUUCCAGUGUGACAAUCUGCCCGGUCCUGACUGUUGACUCGCAGGCUCUCCACACCACUCUAUGAUACGUGCUUCUUCUAGUACUACUAUACAUAUAUUGUAUAUAAUUAUAAAUACAAUUUUUAUUAAGACAACACUGCAGCUGGGGCCAUUUAUUUGAACGUGUUGCAUGACAGAGUACUGCAAAGUUUGUAUACAUUUUUUUGAGAC